CGCAAUAACGCGCGCUGGCCGUAGGAGGGGCAGCAUCAAUACCGGGAGGAGAACCACGUCACCGACAAGGCUGAGCUGUAGCUUCACAGACAUCUUCUCGCCUUCAGACUGUUAAAGAUGCAGACGGGCUUUCGGCUGAACUGGACCCCUAUCAAAGAACCCCUGGGCUUCAUCAAAGUGGUGCAGUGGCUCACGGCCGUAUUCGCCUUUGCGAGUUGCGGUGGGUAUGCAGGCCAGAACGUGAUCUCCCUGUCAUGUGACCGCAGCAUCAACGCAACACUUUCUGCAGCCUUUAGUUACCCGUUCAGGUUAAACCAAGUGUUGCUGGUUGAAGGGAACAUCACCCUGUGUAACCACACGCUGACUGAGACGCGUCUUUUGGGCGACUUCUCGUCCUCGGCGGAGUUCUUUGUGGCGGUGGCUGUUCUCGCGUUCCUGUACUGCACAGCUGCACUGCUCGUCUACCUCGGAUACAUGCACGUGUACCAGGACUCUGACUUCGGACCCAUGUGUGAUUUUGUGGUGACAGCGAUGUUUGCCUUCCUCUGGCUCGUGUGCUCAUCAGCAUGGGCGCGGGGCCUGCAAAUGAUUAAGUUUGCCACAGGCACGGAGGGGAUCCGCGCCACCCUGGAGCCCUGUAGGAGCAGCAGCCUCAGAUGUGAGGUCACAGAGUUUGCCAGCAUGUGCACGCUGGAUAUUUCAGUGGUGUUUGGCUACCUGAACCUUAUUGUGUGGGCGUGUAAUGCCUGGUUUGUUUACAAAGAAACGCGUUGGCACUCACGGAAACUCAGCUCCCACCAAGGGGUGGGCCGAGGGCGUGGUCCUGGCCCAAGCACGGCCCCUAUCUAGAUGCAUCUCCUAGGUGACCAUAAAGCACACACAUGCACAACAUCCUGUGGUCUUCAGAUUAGCAUGUGUCUGUCAUCUUCCAUCUCUCUCCAUUUCCACACAUGCACAGUGAGUCCAGCCUUCCUCCUCUUCCUCCUCCUCCUCCUCCUCCUCAUGUGCGUAGCCCCAGCGCUGAUUGUAUUCCCGUUUGCCGCAAUUACGCACUUGUUUGUGAACAGUUUGUAAAAUUUCUUUUUGCGAUAUAUGAUUUUGCCCUCUUUGCAAUUUUCUACAGGUGACAUAUUUUUGUGUUUUAUUUCAUUUAUGGCUGUUUAAGUGAAUUGUCUCAGCUGCCUGUGUGUGCUCACCUGUGUGGAUGUUUGUAACUUUUAUUAAAGUUUUCAGGCUUUAUCUUUAAUAUUUACUCCAGAAACUUACUCGCAGUUUUAAAAUUUACAAUUUAAAAUUUUGUAGCAGAUUGAUAUUGUUCUUUUUCUUUUUUAAUUAAAUUUAGCUUUUUUCUGAUUUCAUUUGAUAUCUUGAUAUUAAACCCUAUACAGAUCAAGGCCUUGUGUAAACUGGGGUUACACAACACGGACAAAACGAUACACUGAGUUUACAUCACUGCAUAUUGUGACUGAGAUAUGUCUUCCAACAUAUCACCAGCACAUUAGUGAACUGAGAGAGUUAAAAUUGAUUAAUUAUUUUAAUAUCGAAUAUUUACAUCUGUUGCAUCACAUGAAUGCCCUCAUUCUUUGAAACAAUCGGGCACUUUUUUGGGACGUCUCAGAUUGGCCACAAUAAAUGAUGAAGCAGCUGUGAUUGGACAGUGCUGGAGCUCAUUUACAUAUUAACAUUUACAUAUUUCUGCAUGCCGCUAUAUAAGUAUUGCAACAGUCAGGUGAGAAUGAUUUAUAGAUGAUAUGUGGGCCGCUAGUACAGAACUAUUAGGCAGCCGUUUGGUAUGUGUGAUGAUUUAUAGUAUUGUGUGUUUGGGCCAGUGAUAUUUUCCUGUCAGAUUUUGUUUGUUUCAUCAUUGUCAUACUCCUGAUAGAUUUUGAAGGUUGUUUUUUUUUUUUUUUUUUUAGUUAUCACCUUAUGUAAUUCUUGAUUUUGUAAUUUCUUUACACCAUUGUCAUCAUAUCAAACAUUUUGUUGCACUGCAAGUGGUUUUGUCUGUUUUAAAAUAAAAUUGGAUUGAAAAACA